UACAGCAGGCUGGAAGCUCUUCCCCACGCAGAAUGCCUGCUUUGCACAGCCCUCAUCUUCCAUUGUCUGAUUCCUUCUUCCAGGCUGGGGAAAGGGAAGGCUCCAAGUCCUACUGUUUGGAGGACUCUUACUGAAUGUAGCUUAGCUGCUGUUGGUGUUUAUUGGUCAGCUGUUGUGGCCUCGGGGAUCUGUUUAUGAGCUUGUGGUUUUUCUGGGAGCAAUAGAAGAGUCUGAGGUCUCUGCAAAUCUUGAAGCUUUGGGCUCAAGCCUACCGUCAAACUCUGGCCUUUGCCUGUUCACCUAUGGAUUCGGAUUUCUACCCAUGGCUCUGAGAUCUCCGGAAUCUGCUGGUGAUCUCUAGAAUCGUUUCGAACGUCAGGGCUCUUUAGAACUCUGAGGCUUGGGGAUCUCAGGCCUCUCGAAGAUCUUGGAACCAGUGAUCCACUAGGUCUCUCAUAGACCAGGAGGAGACGAACGCUUGAGCCUGAGAUGGCAGCCACCCUGCUCAUGGCUGGGUCCCAGGCCCCUGUGACAUUUGAAGAUAUGGCCAUGUACCUCACUCGGGAAGAAUGGAGACCUCUGGAUCCUACACAAAGAGACCUUUACAGGGACGUGAUGCAGGAGAAUUACGGAAAUGUUGUCUCACUGGACUUUGAGAUCAGGAGCGAGAACGAAACAAACCAGAAAGAAGAGCUUAGUGAAGAUGUGGAGUUUGUGACCAUGUCCGAAGAGCCUAUUGGGGGGGAUGCUGAGAAGAAUCCAGAAAGUGAAGAGGCCUUUGAAAGUGGGGACAGGUCCGAAAGACAGUGGGGAGAGCUGACCGCAGAGGAGUGGGUCAGCUACCCUCUCCAGCAGGUCACUGACCUGCUGGCCCACAAAGAAGUCCACACAGGCAUCCGCUAUCACAUAUGCUCUCAGUGUGGGAAGGCCUUCAGUCAGAUUUCAGACCUCAAUCGACACCAAAAAACGCACACGGGAGACAGACCCUACAAGUGUUACGAAUGCGGCAAGGGCUUCAGCCGCAGCUCCCACCUUAUCCAGCAUCAGAGAACACACACGGGCGAGCGGCCCUACGACUGCAACGAGUGCGGGAAGAGCUUUGGAAGGAGCUCUCACCUCAUUCAGCACCAGACAAUCCACACCGGGGAGAAGCCCCACAAGUGUAACGAGUGCGGGAAGAGCUUCUGCCGGCUCUCCCACCUCAUCCAGCACCAGCGGACCCACAGCGGGGAGAAGCCCUACGAGUGCGAGGAAUGCGGGAAAAGCUUCAGCCGGAGCUCGCACCUGGCUCAGCACCAGAGGACGCACACGGGCGAGAAGCCUUAUGAGUGUAACGAGUGCGGACGGGGCUUCAGCGAGCGCUCCGACCUCAUCAAGCACUACCGCGUGCACACGGGCGAGAGGCCCUACAAGUGUGAGGAGUGCGGGAAGAACUUCAGUCAGAACUCUGAUCUGGUGCGGCACCGCAGGGCCCACACCGGGGAAAAGCCUUACCACUGUAACGAGUGCGGGGAGAACUUCAGCCGCAUCUCGCACUUGGUCCAGCACCAGCGGACGCACACGGGAGAGAAGCCCUACGAGUGCACGGCCUGUGGGAAAAGCUUCAGCCGCAGCUCCCAUCUGAUCACACACCAGAAAAUUCACACCGGGGAGAAGCCCUAUGAGUGUAACGAGUGCUGGCGAAGCUUCGGGGAGAGGUCAGAUCUGAUUAAGCACCAGAGGACUCACACGGGAGAAAAGCCGUACGAGUGUGUGCAGUGUGGAAAGGGGUUUACGCAGAGCUCCAACCUCAUCACCCAUCAAAGAGUUCACACGGGAGAGAAGCCUUACGAAUGUACCGAGUGUGACAAGAGUUUCAGCCGGAGCUCAGCUCUUAUUAAACACAAGAGAGUCCAUACCGACUAAGUCCUGUAUUCCUGAGUAAGAAAUGACUCGUGGAGGUACAGUUAUAGUUGAUUUGAUAUCAGUGAGCUUCCUUAAGACUGACUUUCCUUAUUGUGGGCCACAGUUUAAAACAUGGAAGAAUACAACCCCUUUGAAAUUCCGACCCACAGCUUUGGGGACAUUU